AUGCAGUUCUCUCAAGUCAUUAUGGCCGCGGCCGCUCUUUUCGCUACCCUCGCCGUUGCUGGUCCUUCCUACCCUAACCUUUUGGAUACUCGCUCGCCAAAGUGCUCCAAUGGCGAGACUUGCGAAGGUGUUAACUCCGACACGUGCUGCUACAGUGAUGGUUGUUGUUAUGUCUGCUCCGAGGGCUCUGAUUCUGAGUGCGUCGCAGAGAUCACUGAGCGCUCUAUUUUCGCCGAGAUUGCUUAA